AUGGAUUCAAUGAAUAGCCGAAGUAGACUUGUUUCAUCGUCAAGUGAUCAAACAGAGUUUACAUCAAGUACUAGCAGCACAACAACCACCAAUACGGGAGCGAUCGAUUCACCAUCGCUCUCAUCGUCAUCGUCAUCUACUUCUUCAUCCACUUCUACCUCUCCACUGUCGAAUGGCAAACCACAUGCACCAUCAAGAAGCAGCAGUCAGAUUUCAUUGUCUUCGUCACAACCAUCGUUGAAUAGAGGCAUAUCAAUGGGUGCCAUACCAACAACUAGAUCAACCGCCGAUAUGCCUCCACCCCCUCUUCCACCUAAUCACGAGCGUCUACUCCUCCCCAUAGCCGAUCUGCGACUUCACACUGAACAAAGAAUGAAGGAGGAAUUUAUGACUUUGGAAUCGAUCUAUCACAACAGCAUUCAUGUUACCAUUGAAGGAACUCAAAAAUAUAACACAUCAAAGAAUAGAUAUACAAAUAUUUUACCAUGCGAUUUAACAAGAGUUAAACUUGAAAAGGUCAAUGGACAAGAAGGAUCAGAUUAUAUUAAUGCAAAUUUCAUUGAUGGAGAAUAUGAUAGACAAUAUAUUUGUACGCAAGGACCUUUACAAAACACAAUAGCAGACUUUUGGAGAAUGGUUUGGGAAAACGAAUCUUACAUUAUUGUAAUGCUCUCCAAAGAGCUCGAAAAUUGUAGACCAAAGUGCGAUCGUUAUUGGUCAGAGACUGAUCCCGUCAACUUUGAAAAGUUUUGUGUAAAAUUAAAAGAGAUUGUUAGAGAUGAAGAACGAGAAAUUAUUACUAGAACUUUUAUACUAACAAAUGCCACUAAUAAUGAAUCAAGAAUCAUUACACAUUAUCAAUAUGAAGGAUGGCCUGAUCACAAUGCACCAAAUGAUACGGAGCCACUUAGAUGUUUAUUACAUUUAAUCAACCAAAAUCAAAAUGAUUUACCAGAGAAGGAUCAAGCAAACCCAAUAGUUGUGCAUUGUAGUGCCGGUGUUGGGAGAACAGGAACAUUUUGUACAGUCCAUAUAAUGAUGAGCAGAAUUGAUAACUCUCCGUUAGAUAAAGUAGAUUUCAACCUUUAUAGUGUAGUAAAUAAUCUAAGAAAACAAAGACCUGGUAUGGUCCAACAAUUGGAACAAUAUCUAUUUUGCUAUGAGGCAAUUGAAGAUGAAUUAAGAGAAAGAAAUAUCACAUAA